AUGAAUCAGUCUACUUCUGGAAUUACUUUGGCACUUACAUCAUAUGAGACACUUAACCAAACUAAAAACAUAUUUUUCAUUUUCAUUUUUUUAGUUUAUGUUGCCUCCACAUUGGCAAACAUUUUCCUUAUGGCUAUCAUCUUCUUGGAGUCUACCCUUCAUAAGCCAAUGUACAUAUUUUUGUUCAACUUGGCAUGCAAUGGAUUGAUUGGAAGUACCACAGUUUGGCCUAAAGUUAUGGACAACCUUCUUUCAAACACUUGGACAAUCACAUAUGCAGGGUGUCUAGUUCAGAUUUUUCUGCUUGGUGUCUACGCAACUUGUACAUUUACAAUUUUAACAGUGAUGGCUUAUGACAGAUAUGUUUUCAUUUUCAUGCCACUGCAAUACCACAACAUCAUGACUCCGAGUAAAGUGAAGCACUUGUUGGUACUGAGCAAUCUUGUCCCUAUGUGCACAGUAUCUGGACAAGUUUGCCUAGCUUCAAAACUUUCUUUGUGCAGAUACACAAUUCAUAAACUAUUUUGUGAUAAUAAAUCUCUUACUAACUUGGCAUGUGCAAAAAACACACUCCAUCAUAUAAACAGCCUGUAUGGAAUCUGUAUUUUUGUGGCUUUUGGUAUUGUAAUUAUAUUUUUUGUGCUGUUGUCUUAUGAAAAAAUAAUACUUGUUAUCUUUCGAGCCUCAAAAGAUGCACAGAGGAAAGCUUUUGUAAAAUGCAUGCCCCAUCUAAUUGUUUUUGUUAAUUUUUCUUUGUCUUCACUUUUUUCCAUAAUUCACAAUCAGUUCCCACGUUAUGUCCCUGAACAGUUGAAUGCAUUUUUGUCAGUACAGUUCAUUUUGAUCCCUCCUUUGCUGCAUCCUAUUAUAUAUGGCCUUAAAACAGAUGAGAUCAGAAACUCUAUAAGAAGAAAAGUCUUUGCAUUCAGUCAAGCUGUUUGGCUUUAA